AUGACAACCUCCUGGAGUGAUCGGUUACAAAAUGCAGCAGAUAUGCCUGCUAACAUGGACAAGCAUGCUCUGAAAAAGUAUCGGCGAGAAGCCUAUCAUCGGGUGUUUGUGAACCGAAGUUUAGCCAUGGAGAAAAUAAAGUGUUUUGGUUUUGAUAUGGAUUAUACACUUGCUGUGUACAAGUCCCCGGAGUAUGAGUCCCUUGGCUUUGAGCUUACUGUGGAGAGAUUAGUUUCUAUUGGCUAUCCUCAGGAGCUGCUCAGCUUUGCUUAUGAUUCUACAUUCCCAACCAGGGGACUUGUUUUUGAUACACUAUAUGGAAAUCUUUUGAAAGUUGAUGCCUAUGGAAACCUUUUGGUCUGUGCACAUGGAUUUAACUUUAUAAGGGGUUCUCAGGUAUCUGCUCAGAAGAGACCAGAAACUAGAGAGCAGUAUCCAAAUAAAUUUAUCCAACGAGAUGACACUGAAAGAUUUUACAUUCUGAAUACACUGUUCAACCUACCAGAGACCUACCUGUUGGCCUGCCUAGUAGAUUUUUUUACUAAUUGUCCCAGAUAUACCAGCUGUGAAACAGGAUUUAAAGAUGGGGACCUCUUCAUGUCUUACCGGAGUAUGUUUCAGGAUGUAAGAGACGCUGUUGACUGGGUUCAUUACAAGGGCUCCCUUAAGGAAAAGACAGUUGAAAAUCUUGAGAAAUAUGUAGUCAAAGAUGGAAAACUGCCUUUGCUUCUGAGCCGGAUGAAGGAAGUAGGGAAAGUAUUUCUUGCUACCAACAGUGACUAUAAAUAUACAGAUAAAAUUAUGACUUACCUGUUUGAUUUCCCACAUGGCCCCAAGCCUGGGAGCUCCCAUCGGCCAUGGCAGUCCUACUUUGACCUGAUCUUGGUGGACGCACGCAAACCACUCUUUUUUGGAGAAGGCACAGUCCUGCGUCAGGUGGAUACUAAAACUGGCAAGCUGAAAAUUGGUACCUACACAGGCCCCUUACAGCAUGGUAUUGUCUACUCGGGAGGUUCAUCUGAUACAAUCUGUGAUUUGUUGGGAGCCAAGGGCAAGGACAUUUUGUAUAUUGGAGAUCACAUUUUUGGGGACAUUUUAAAAUCAAAGAAACGGCAAGGGUGGCGAACUUUCUUGGUGAUUCCUGAACUUGCACAGGAGCUGCAUGUGUGGACUGAUAAGAGCUCACUUUUCGAAGAGCUUCAGAGCUUGGAUAUUUUCUUGGCUGAACUCUACAAGCACCUGGACAGUAGCAGCAAUGAGCGCCCAGACAUUAGUUCCAUCCAGAGACGUAUUAAGAAAGUGACGCAUGACAUGGACAUGUGCUACGGGAUGAUGGGAAGCCUGUUCCGCAGCGGCUCCCGGCAGACGCUCUUCGCCAGUCAGGUGAUGCGUUAUGCUGACCUCUACGCAGCGUCUUUCAUCAAUCUGCUGUAUUACCCAUUCAGCUACCUCUUCCGAGCUGCCCACGUCCUGAUGCCUCAUGAAUCAACAGUGGAACAUACACAUGUGGACAUCAAUGAGGUGGAGUCCCCCCUUGCCACACGAAACCGUACUUCAGUGGAUUUCAAAGAUUCUGACUACAAGCGGCACCAGUUGACACGGUCGAUUAGUGAGAUCAAACCCCCCAAUCUCUUCCCACUGGCCCCCCAGGAAAUCACACACUGCCAUGAUGAAGAUGAUGACGAAGAAGAGGAGGAAGAGGAAGAAUAAGGAGAAAAACCAAAACUCUGAGUACGCAUUAAACAAGUUCUGGCAGGACUCAUAGGAUACCAUGUCCCUGUUUGGGUUCUAGUGGGAGGGGGAGCUCCGCGAAAGAUACAUCUGCAAAAUUUCUGAAGACUCUAAGAUAUUCUAAUCAUAGGGAGAUACUUGUUUUAGUUCUGUGUGUCUGCACUCUUUACAGAUGGUUCAAAAUUGUAAUGGAAUCUGUAUUGGAAGAAAGUAAGGGUAACACUGGGCUGCAUGCACAUGGCUCUGUCAUGGCUUGUGCCGCUGUUUCCUUGUCUUGUUUCAUCACCAGUAACGUGGAAGGGUCUCAGAGUGGAACAAGGAGAACGAUGGGAAGAGGUGAUCCAAAAAUGCUGUUACAUUACAAAUUGUGCUCUUACUCCAAAGUCCGUAUUUUUCAGUGCAUUAUGUAGUAUUGUAUAUCAUUGGAGAAAUACAUUGUUUCCAUUAUCAAAUGUAGUUUUCUGUUGAAGUCAAGGUUCCUUUUACAAGCUUGUUAAGUGUCCUCAGUUCCUCGGGUACGGCUGUAAUCCCUGGCUUUGCAGAAGUGUUCUCUACUCGCUGGAGGGCUGAUCCAGAAUGGACUGCAGCAAUUUCAUUUUGAGGCAAAAGUCUUCAUCUAUUUCUGCAGUUCUGUGAUUGAUACCAAAAAUGCUUAUUUGUUUUCCAAAAAACAAUCUUUUUCUCAUCCGAUGUAAAUCUAUAGAAAGAAUUUAGCUGAAAGAAUACAAAGGAGCAAGCCCCCAAAUAGAAAAGGAGGAACCUCCUUCGUAUAUGACAGCGUAACUGAAUAAAAUUCACAUGCCAUGUGGCUCAUGCUGCCCCUUUACAGCCUUCAUUAGUCUCGGGGUUUUUCAGAGUCGAGCAGUAGAGGAGAGGAAGUAGGCUCUGGAAGCCAGAACCUUACGAAAGCAGACGGCACAAUCACUAUGAAUAAGUUCACUUCAGAAUCCCAAGUGAAAUAAUUUCUUGUUGUUUUGAACAAGAAUGGAUCAUUACUGUAUCUUUUAGGGUAUUAUAACUGCCUCCCAGUACAGUGAAAGUUGUUACAAAGUUUUUAACAAUGGGGUAGACUCCUACUUUAACUUUCCU